CCUCAUUUUUCUGAUUUCUCUUCUUCCUAUCUUUCUUUUCUCUUUUUCCUUUCAUCCCUUUCUAGUUUUUUUUUACUGUUUUCUUUCUUUCCUUCCUCUUCUUUCUCUUUCCUUUUAUUCUUCUUCCUCUUCUCUUUCCUCUCUUCCUUCUCUCCACCUCUUAUUGUUCUUCAUCUUUUCUUUCCUUUUGAUUUUUCUGUAUUUUGCCAUCUUUUUUAUUGCACUCUCCUUUUUAUUUUUCUUCCAUAAGUAUUUUAUGAAACUUUUUUUAAAAUUUUAUGUUGUUUUGGAGAUUGCUAUGUUAGCCAAGCAAAGCUGGCGUAUGAUGCAGGACAAGACCACUUUAUGCUAUCAAGUGCUCAAAGCUAAAUAUUUUCCUGAUGGUGAUAUAAUGGGAGCUAAUACGAGGACCAAUGCUUCAAUGCUUUGGCGAGGCGUUAUUGCUAGUCUCAGCAUUCUUAAAAUGGGCUCAACAUGGCGAAUAGGCAGUGGUUGGGAUGUCAAGAUUUGGAGGGAUAAUUGGUUACCCUCAGGAGCCAUUCCUCAGUCACAGAUGGCUCUUGUUCACCACAAUUUGGACGAUAGAGUCAGUGACUUAAUAGAUGAAGCCAAAGGAUGCUGGAAGGAAGUUGCAGUUAGGCACUCUUUAUGUGCCGAGGAUGCUGAGUUAAUUCUUCAUAUCCCCAUUAGUAGAAGUUGUUCUAUUGAUAGAUUAAUAUGGCUUGGCACAAAUAAUGGCAAAUUUACAAUUAAAUCGGCAUACAAAUAUGCAUGGCAGUUGAGCUUUGGUUCUGAGCAUCACAAUCAUGACCAAGUCUUACUACCAGUAUGGAAAGCAGUUUGGUUUUUAAAUGUUCCCCCUAAAAUCAAGCAUGUCUUGUGGAGAAUAAUCUGGGAGAUUUUGCCCUCCCAUGAUAUCCUGCUCUCGAAGGGUAUUGAUGUUGAACUAGGGUGUGUUGCAGAAACAGUUUGGACUCUGCCAUCGGAGGGUGUUGUUAAAAUUAAUGUUGAUGCUAGUAUUCCACGUCAAGCAGGCAUGGUCAGCCUUGGCGUCGUCCUUCGAGAUGGUAAUGGUAGAGUCCUGGGUGCAGGCAAAAAAACCAUGAGCUCUCAAGGUGGCAUCACCCAUGCAGAAAUCCUAACAAUCUGUUUUGGAGUUCAGUUGGGGAAAGAAUUUGGCUGCAGCAGUAUCAUUGUUGAAUCAAACAGUCUGAAUGCUGUGCAAGUGGUAGCUUCCUCAAAUGAGUGUUACCUAACAUAUGGGGCUCUCAUUGAAGAUCUUAAGGAACGUAUCAGAUUAUUUGGUUCCUGUUCUUUCAAAUAUAUACAUAGAAAUUUAAAUAAUAUCGCUCAUAGGAUAGCUAACUUGUCUCCCACUUUAUCACCGUGGGAAGGAGUUUGGGUGGACACCCUACCCUCAGCUAUAUGUACUGAUCCUACUCUUUAAGAAAUGACAGUUAUAUUUUCCAUCAAAAAAAUAUAUAUAUUACAUGAUAAAUUUAAUUAAAUAAU